AUGGUCAAAAAUCCAACUCUUCAACAGGCAUAUUGUGAAUUCAUGACUGAGUAUGAAUCACAGGGUCACAUGGUAAAAGCAUCACCUGUUGAAGACCAUUCUAAGUGUUAUUAUUUACCACAUCACAGUGUCAUAAAAGAGUCGAGUACAUCAACAAAAUUGAGAGUUGUAUUCAAUGGUUCACAAAAAACAAAUACAGGGGAAUCAUUGAAUGACAACUUAUACGAGGGUCCAAAGUUAUUAAAUUCUCUGGUAUCAGUCCUGACACAGUGGAGAAAGUCACGUUUUGUCUUUUCUUGUGAUAUCAGGCAAAUGUUCAGGCAGAUCUUAAUACAUCCUGAGGAUCGAAAAUAUCAGAGAAUACUUUGGAGAGAUACACUCGACUCACCAGUUCAAGAGUAUGAGCUUACCACGGUAACUUAUGGUACCAAGCCAGCCCCAUUCCUGGCUUUGCUUACAUUGAGACAGCUUGAACUGGAAGAGGAAGAUAAGUUUCCACUUGUAAAGUCGGCAAUAUCACAAGGAUCAUAUAUGGAUGAUAUAUAUGUUGGUGCUGACAAUUUACAACAAGGAAUUGACAAGGCUGUACAAAUUAAAAAGAUGCUUCACUCUGGUGGUUUUGAAUUGCGAAAAUGA